CACAGUACAUCUUAAUAUAGCAAACGAAGCACACAAUGAGUUUUCAAGUGCGGAUUCUUUGCCAUCUCUCCAUAUUAGUGCUCUACUUUCAUAUCGGUCAAGUGAAUUCAAAGGGAAUAUGUCUCUAUUUCAGUCUUAAAAUAGCCUCUUGGUUUGAUGCCUUAAUUGAGUGCCAAAAACACCACAUGUGUUUGGCUGAUCUGAACACCGAAGUUACCCUGGUUCAAAUGGAAACUAAAUUUAACCACGAGGAUCACGAGUACUGGUUCGGGUUGAAUUCUCAUGAGAAAAAGAACUACAGAUACGUCUCCAACAACAAGUCCAUCGAGUACUCCCCGAUCCAUUCCAAACUCGUGAACGAUGGACUAUGCGCCUUUGUAAAACACGAGUAUGGCUUCUACAAGUUUGAGUCUGCAGACUGCAAUAUUCACAAGAGAUUCAUCUGCACCAGAGCAGACGAAUGCGACGGACUUCAGUUGAAGCCCGUAAAGUCAAAAUGUUUCAUAAGCGAAAAGCAGAAACAAGUGGUAGCUUAUUAAUUUACAUAUUUUCAGAGGCAAAUAAAGUAUCUGAGGGCAACGCA